CUUGCGCAAACAAAACGCCGUCACUCACAACAAGACAACACAAGACAACACACACAUGAUGGGAUCCACACCGGCAACAGCGGCAAGCGCACAGCCGCCCGUCACAAUCGUCUGCGUCGGCAUGGCAGGCAGCGGCAAAACGACCUUCAUGCAACGCAUCAACUCACACCUCCACUCGAAACAAACACCACCCUAUGUCGUGAACCUGGAUCCUGCAGUGCGCAAAGUGCCCUUUGACUCCAACAUCGACAUUAGAGAUAGCGUAAACUACCGCGAAGUCAUGAAGCAAUACAACCUGGGCCCCAACGGCGGCAUCCUCACAUCUCUAAACCUGUUUGCGACAAAAAUCGAUCAAGUGCUGGGCAUUCUGGAAAAGAGGUGUUUACCGGAGAUGCAAGAGAAGGGGCAAGAGCACAAAGUGCCCAAACAUGUCUUGAUCGAUACACCGGGCCAGAUUGAAGUCUUUGUGUGGUCGGCGAGUGGAAGUAUUUUGCUGUCUUCGCUGGCUUCGUCGUUUCCAACUGUUUUGGCCUAUGUCAUUGAUACACCGCGCACCACUGCCUCGACAUCAACUUUCAUGUCAAACAUGCUCUAUGCAAUCUCCAUCAUGUACAAGACACGCCUGCCCAUGAUCCUCGUCUUCAACAAAAACGACGUCAAGAGCGAAGAAGAAGCCAUCGACUGGAUGCGCGAUUUCGAAUGCUUCCAAGAAGCCCUGCGCAAGGAAGAAGAGGAGGAGGCUGAAUCUGGCACUGGAGGCAGUGGAUACAUGGGCAGCUUGCUCAACAGCAUGAGUCUUGUGCUGGAGGAAUUCUACAAUGGUCUUGCUGUGGUGGGUGUGAGCAGUAUGACAGGCGCGGGCAUUGACGCUUUCUUCGAAGCCGUGGAAGAGAAGAGAGAAGAGUUCAACAAAGACUACAAAGCCGAUCUCGACCGCAGAAGAGUCGCCCGCCAUCAAGAAAAAGAAGCAAAUCGUGAAAAGGAAGUCGCCAGAAUGAUGAAGGACAUGCGUGUAGGAGGAAGCAAUAAGACACGCACACCAAAGGAAGAACCCGAAACUGUCUCAGAAGCCGAAGAGGAAGACGAAGACAACCAAGGCUUGGUGGAGCGAGACGAGGAUGAAGACGUCAGUCAGGAGGGCUUGCAAAAGAGAUACCAAGAAGCCUUGACAACAGGCCACAUGUCCGGCGAAGACCUAAGUUUCGCAAAAUACGUCCAAGCUGCCGGUAUGCAGAAGAAGUAGAGAGUUGGCUUUUGAUAAUUUUGCCCCCCUUGCUACUUGUUUAACAAUAAACAAUUGACGAUUUACGAUGCACCCCCUUCCCUUUCACUCCCCCAUUCUCAGAAGAAAAAUCUUGAGACGACGCCAAAAAACCACCCGUCUCUUUCUAUACUCGGAUAUUCAGGCUUUAUCCGGUAUGAUUUUUAGUAAUAUCUUGAAAUAACGUGGCCAUCACAAAACACAACAAAGGGGUUUCCGAAGCUGGGGAUUCUUUUCAUAGCAUGAUUUGAAGAUUUGAAAAAAAACUACAAGAACG